AUUCAAUGGAGAGAAAAAAGUAUUUCAGACUCCUCUUUGCUUUUUUUUGAAGUUGCCUUAAAUUUACAAAAUAUCACUUUAUUCGAUAUUAUGUUGAAGAUAUGUACGAAAGAAAACAUAUGCAUAUUACACACCAUUGUCGAAGGAAGACGUGUUUCAGUUGCAACUCCGCUCUCAGAAGAAGACACCAUUUGUAUCGAUACUGCCAUGCAUAAAUACAUGUACUCAGGUUGUCGCGUUAGAGUGAGUUUGACAGACGUCACAACAGCCUAUGUCCUGGAAAGAAAUGCAUCGAGUGUAAGCACGUCGACAGCGUCUACAACGACGAGGGAGCCGGUGACGAGCGUGCUCGCUGCUACUGACCAGCCAGAGACAGUCGCCGCCAGUGAGAACUGGACAGCGACUAUCGUCACGGUUGCGGUAACAUCGGCGGCGGUGUUGCUGCUGGCGCUCAUCACAGUGGCCUGCAUACGUCUCUGUCGCGCGCGAACUCCCGGUCAGCCAGCUUCAGACCGCUUUUGGAAUCGGUUCUACGUGAACAUGUUGAUGCGAGAUGAAUGCAAUGCAGAGAUACGCGAGCGCGAGCGACGCGAUGCGGAGAUACGCGAGCGCGAGCGACGCGAAGCAGAGCCGGAAUAUGACUACGUGUACGACCACCGAUACGCCCCUCGUACACAAAGAACUCGCUGAAUAUUGUUACACUCGGCAUCAAACCAACAGUUUUGUGUGCAGUGCAGUGCCGAGCUCAGCUUACUGCGCCCACUGCAUAACAAUCCUUUCUCAGCUACUAAUUAUGUAGCUACAGGGGAAACAAUAAAUAUAAUAGGCCUUCUUUGCUAAGAGAGAUUCAAACUUGGCUAUAAAACGGCACUUUUCGAACGUCAGAAGCUUCAACAAACUGCCCCUUGAGUUGAUCUUUUUGUACAUCCGCUAGCACGACAAGACAAAUACUAGCGAAACUAUUUCUAACAAUUAUUUUUAAUUCAUGUUUUAAUUUCUAUUAUCGUAGUAUUAACAUUUCAUAGUAUCAUUUCGUAGUUUUAUAUAUCAUAGUACUAACAUUGUAUCGUACUAUUACACUGUGGAAUGCAAAUAAGUAUUUUCAUAUGCGAACAUAGUUUAGUAAGUAAGGAUAUAAAGUCCUAUGACAACAAUGACAAGAUUACUAGCAAUCUUUAAUAUUAUUUGUUACCUAUUGUAAUUAGUCUGUAAGCCUUCAUUAAAACUAAUAAAUAAACUAAGACGCUCCCAUUUAGAUCGCGCAAUACCUAGGUAAGUAUAUCGUUUUGUGAACAUUCAGUCAUAUUGAAGAAAGGUAGGCCAAUGAGUCUUAGCGAAUAUUGUAAUUGUACAUUAUGAUUAUUGUAAUAUUGCACAAUGUUAUUGCAGGGCUAGGGCUCGCCUUAUACGCGAUAUGUUCUACUCUCAAUAUAACUGGGUAGAAUUACAAAAUUGAUAUUCUUAAGAACUAAUAUAAAGAAAUAUUAGCCGAUCCCGCGAAUUUCGUACCGUUUAAGCCUUCCCUGGACCUCUACAAACAUUUUAAAACCAAAAAAGUCAAAUCGGUCCAGCUGUUCUCGAGUUUUAGUCAGACUAACGAACAGCAAUGCAUUUUCAUAUAUUUUGUUUAAGAGGACGAAUUGGAAUUUUUGGCCCCAAGGAUUUCAAUUUUUCUCAGUAAAUACAAAACGGAUCAAAAUACAACUUGGUUAUCUGAAAGUUCACGAUAUAAACCUUAUUUUGUUUGUUGUAGAAACAUGAUUAGGUAACUUUUAUAACAGAGAAAAAUAUAUCAAACAUACCUCUUUUUAAAAAGAGAUUCACAUAUUAUGGGCAUACGGGACCGAUU